ACUUGUCAAAUCUCUCUAGCAAUAUCCUCUCCACCUCGAGUCCACCCUCCCCUUCUCCUCCUCCUCCUCCUCUCUGUCUGUAUCGGGACGUGUUUAGCAUGUCGAGGGGGUCAAGUUUGCCCCUUUCUGCACCCUUUCGGCGUUGAUUGGCCGAUCCAUGAUUGCUGAUCAAAUGGGUCCUUUUCCUUCUCGACCCUUCUGGCUGGAGGAAUCGUUUAAAACGUGGAUGAACAAGCAGCGCACCUGCUCCUCCCGAUGGUUUUCGUUGGUGAAAAUCGUGUGUGUCGAUAACGGGAGUCGGGGGGCCUCACUGCUUUGAUUAGAUUUUGAAUAUCAGGGACGGUUUGGCUGGAUUUGCCCUUUUCGUAUGACUAACUGAGGUUGACAUGGAAUAGGUUGUGCGGUUCCUCUGUUCACGUUUCGACUUUGCUGUCGGCCCAAUGUUCUUGCGUGAGUUCUAGGCCCAUGAGCCCACGGCGUGCGAGAUGGUAACCGCAAACCCCCCACCACCACCGCGUCGGCGGUGGCGCUCUGAUCCCAGCUCGCGUCGUAGCUUUUCUUAGACAGCGUUGGAACGAGCGGCGAUGGUGCUCACGAACUUCAAUGGAGUUGGGGUCGGAUUCGGGUUCGGAGUCGGGUGCGGGUUCGGCGUCGGAUGGGGUUUUGGAGGCAUGCCGUUAAACUUCCUGGGCCUUGGUGCAGGUGGAGGCUGUGGAGUCGGAUUAGGCCUUGGAUGGGGAUUUGGCACUGCCUUUGGAAGUCAGUAUCGGUCAUCCACAUUAACAUUCCAAGGCAUAGAAUUCUCAGGCAAGGAUCAAGCUGCCAAAAAGGAGUCCAAAGAUUUAACCAAAUAGUUACCACAAGUCGCCCAGCACAAGUCCAGGAAGGAUUGCUGGUUCGUCAUCAACGGCCGGGUGCUUAAUGUGACGAGCUUUCUGGAGGAACAUCCAGGAGGAGAGGAGGUGCUGUUGGAGUUGGCAGGGCAAGAUGCGAGCAAGGCUUUCGCGGACAUCGGCCACAGCAAAGCGGCGCAGGGCAUGCUCUUGAAGUACCAGGUGGGUGUCCUGGAAGGCCACACCGUCCAGGACCAGGAUGCCGACAAGUCUGCUGCCCUGAGAGACGCCAAGAAGGACGGCAUGAGCGCUUUCAUCGUGAAGGAUGGCCCGGCUCAAAAGUACGCCGCCCUUGCCGAGUUCGUCGUCCCUCUCCUGGUCGCCGGAUCCUACUUCGCCUACAGAUACGUCACCGUCGUCGCGAGCCACGCGUGAUUCCGAGACCAGUUUUCAAUUUGUCCAAAAUUCUCAGUCCGACUCUGAACUCUGUGUUUCCUGUAAUUUGGCGUUGCUUUUCGGGAAUAAAAGAGUGGCAAAACCCCGCCGGUUUGAAAAAGAA